UAAAUCUUGCGCCGCUUCUUUCUUCUCUCUCUUCUCACUCUCGUCUCCUCUCUCUCGCAUUCUUGGCAGCGCCGCUUUCUAUCUCUCUCACUCACUCUCUCUCUCUCUCUCGUCUCCGGCCUCUCCGUGCCGCCGCCCUCGUCGGCUUGCUCAACCCUCUCGUCUUCCAGUUUCUCUCAUUUCCUCUUUCAGUGCGCCGCUGCCCUCCCAGACUCGCCCAGUCUUCCCCGUCGCCCCGCCUCCUCCGUCCUUGACGCCUGCGUUCGCAGCAGCAGCAGCAGCAGUGGCUUCUGUCCAACAGAUAGAUUCGGUUGCCAGGAUGCCUCACUGCAGCGUUCGGGAACUCACCGUACUUACGGAGUUCAGGCCGUUUGGAUUGACCGCCGAGGCAUUGGAUGGCGGUAGUCCUUCCGGAGAUGAUGACAACGAUUACCAUUACUUCCUCUUCGGCCCGCAGGUUGCCAAACAGCGAGAUGAGACCGCCGAGGUUGAAGAUGCUUCGAGCAGCGAUCACGAACUAUUCGUCAGGGGAAAUAGAAUCAUAUGGAGUGCUGGCUCUAAAGUUUAUAAGAGGUUUACUUUGCCCUCCAAAGUCAUCAAGGUUUGCUGGACCCGGAUGAGUGAUAUCUCUGAGGCCUUGCUUUGUGUUCUUCAAGUUGAUAGAUUAACUAUCUAUGGUAUAGCAGGUGAAGUGGUUUCUGUCCCACUUCCUUAUGCCGUCACAUCAAUAUGGUCUCUUCCCUUUGGUUUACUUCUCCAGCGGGCAUCUGAAGGGAGCUUGCUGACAAACAUUACAUUAUCAUCUUCCAACCCUUUCUUAAAUGCACGUGAUGUCUUCCGCCAAAAAAGGGAUAGUUAUACUCCAACACAUAUGUUUGAUUAUUGUACAAGAAGUGAUGGGACAUCAAUGUCCUCCCAUAUGAUAUUGAAGGAUCCCUUAGAGGAUCCUCAGAUAACUUAUAUUGAGGAAAGAGGCAAGUUGAAUUUGAUGUGGGAAUUUGAUGAAAGAACAAUUUGGACAAGUGACUGUGUGCCUUUAAUGGCGUCAUAUAACAAAGGAAAGAUGCAACACUCCCUCUGGGUAGUAGAGGUCAAUGGCUCCAAUCUUCAAGUGGUGAAUCCUAAAUCAUGUGAUUUAAUUUCUCCUCCUCUGAUGUCAGCAAAACAUUUCUUCAGAAGGAUAUGGCAGGGGAAGGGUUCACAUACUCCUGCCAGUAAGGUAUUCCUGGCAAUGGAUGAUGAUGUUACACCUAUUAUAUGUUUUCUUCUUCUAGAACAGAAGAAGUUGUUGUCUUUACGACUUCAGAGUCUGGAAGUAAAUAACGAGACAAUCUAUGACAUUAAGCCUGAUAUGAGCUGGUGCAUAUCAGCAAUCGCUGCUGCUGCUGUUGCCGUCACUCGACCCAAAGUAAAAGUCGGACAACUUCCACACAGGGAUGUAAUUGCUUUAACCCCUGCAAACACACUACUUCUCUAUUGUGGGAAGCAGUGCUUGUGCAAGUAUGUUAUGCCUUCUCCUUUUGACAAUGCACAACUUUCGGGCAGAGCGGACCUUUCAGGAGUCAACAACACUAUAUGUGAUCUGAAAAUUGUAGAAUUAUCUGAUGCUGUGGAAGGGCGUAUCAGCCUAGUUCUCAACAAUGGUCAGAAUUACAGAUGUACAUUGCGGCGCAGUCCUUCAUCAUCGUUAACUGAUGAGUGUAUUACGGCAAUGUCAGAAGGGCUUAAUCCUAAUUUGUAUAAACACUUCCUUGGCCUUCUGUGGGGUGGUGAUGAUUCAACUUAUUUAGCUAAGGCGAAUUUGUGUGCUGAUUCAGAAUGGGAGUCCUUCUGUAAUGUGAUAACAAAAUUAUGUCAAAAGCCCAAUAAGACCUCUCAGUUAUCAGAUUCAGUUUCACAUUCAUCUUGGGAGUUCUUAGUUAAGAGCAAAUAUAAUCAACAAUAUUUAAGAAGUAAUUAUGUUACUGGUGCUUUCCCUGGACUAAUAUCUAACUUGAAGGAAUCUGAUUCCAUUGCAAGUCACACUCAGAAUACAGAGGAAGCCUUCCACAUGAAAUUGCUGACAGAAACACUGGAUUCAUUGCAUGCAGUAUAUGAAACACUUAAACUUGACAAUCUCCGUAAAAGGGACUUGGGUCUCUUGGUUGUUAUUUUAUAUGACAUUGCUGACUUUUUGCAUGAACCGAGCUACUUGGAUCACUAUAAACGUGAUUUUCCUGGGCUUCUGAAAGACUUUGGGAUGUCACAGUUCUUGUUUACCUCCAAAACUCCUCCAAGUUUGUUCAGAUGGCUUGAAAACUGCUUGCAGCAUGGAUGUGGUUCUGCCAGUAUUUGUGAUCUUCCACUUCUGGUAUGUAGAAAUGGAACUUCUAUAGUGAACUGGGCUAGGAAGAUAAUUUCAUUUUAUAGUCUGUUGUGCGGAGCAGAGCAAUCUGGAAAGAGUCUUUCAACUGGUGUUACCUGUAAUAUUGUGCCUGGAUUAUAUCAUACUCGAGAAGAGCUAACAGUUUUGGGAAUGGUUGGUGAAAGAUUUGGAUUGCAUCAUCUAGACUUGCUGCCAGCUGGUGUGUCUCUUCCUCUUAGGCAUGCAAUAGAUAAGUGCCGCGAGUCUCCUCCUACAAAUUGGCCAGCUGCUGCAUAUGUGCUACUUGGUCGUGAAGAUUUAGCAUUGCUCCAUUUGAGAGAUACCACAAAGUAUCCUGAACUUGAUUGUACAAGAUCAAAUUUAAUCUUGGGGUCUACACCUUACAUGUUACCACUACAUCCAGUGACUAUACCUUCCUCAGUUUCUGAUACACUUGAAAUGGAUAAUUCGAAGCUAGAGGACAUAGACAAUUUUGAGGGACCGGUGAUUGAUGGAAUGGAGCAUAUUUUCAAUUCUAGCACACAGUUACGCUAUGGUCGUGAUCUCCGGCUUAAUGAGGUUAGACGCCUUUUAUGCUCCGCUAGACCAGUAGUUAUUCAAACACCUGUUAACCCUACAGCUUCUGAUCAGGACUUCCAACAGACUCAGCUCUGGCAUCUUGCCCAAAGAACUACAGCUGUUCCAUUUGGCCGUGGGGCAUUUACGCUGGGUACUAUAUGUACUCUUUUGACAGAGGCACUUGCUGUCCCAAAGCUUGUCUUGGCCGGUCGGUUACCUGCACAACAAAAUGCGACAGUUAACUUAGAUCCCAAUGUUAGAAAUAUUCAAGAAUUGAAGUCUUGGCCAGAGUUUCACAAUGCUGUUGCUGCUGGCUUGAGACUGUCUCCACUUCAGGGGAAAAUGUCUAGAACAUGGAUACUUUACAACAAGCCAGACGAGCCCAAUGUUACGCAUGCAGGACUCCUCCUUGCUUUGGGUUUACACGGACAUCUUCGUGUCCUGACUAUUACCGAUAUUUUCCAGUAUUAUUCACAGGAACAUGAAAGUACUACAGUAGGAUUGAUGAUUGGCCUCGCGGCUUCAUAUAGAGGAACCAUGCAACCAUCUAUUUCAAAGUCUCUGUACGUGCACUUACCUGCCCGCCAUCCAUCUUCCUUUCCAGAAUUAGAACUUCCAACCCUUAUACAGUCAGGAUGCUUUUAUUGUGGUCAGUCAUUUAUCACCAUCUGCGGCACUUAUUUCGGUUGGGCUUCUUUACGAGGGAUCAGCACAUCCGCAAACAAUGCAAAUUCUUCUGGUCGCAGAAGUGGAGGUGAUAAUGUGCAUGAAAGGGAGGGUUAUGCAGUUUCAGCUGGAUUUGCAUUAGGAUUGGUUGCUUUGGGUCGUGGUGAAGAUGCCGUUGGCUCCAUAGACACCUUGGUGGAUCGGUUAUUCCACUACAUUGGUGGCAAAGAACUUCAUAAUGAUGGCCUCUUCUCAUCAUCAGCUGAUGAGUUCACCCGAAGUGUGGGACAGAUUGUAGAUGGGAAUGUGGUCAAUAUUGAUGUUACUGCACCAGGGGCUAUAAUUGCUCUGGCUCUGAUGUUUUUGAAGACAGAGUCCGAGCUGAUUGUAUCUAGACUGUCAAUCCCCCAAACUAAGUUUGACUUGCAGUACAUAAGGCCUGAUUUCAUAUUGCUCCGUGUCAUUGCUCGAAAUUUGAUACUGUGGACCAGAAUUCAACCAUCAGAGAACUGGAUUCAGUCACAGAUUCCUGAAGUUGUCAAACAUGGGGUGUCAGGCCUUGGAAAUAAAAUGGAUGAUGUAUAUGAGAUGGACGCUGAGGCUUUUGUUCAGGCAUAUGUCAAUAUAAUUGUUGGAGCAUGUAUUUCUCUUGGGUUACGAUUUGCAGGUACAAGAGAUGGAAAUGCACAAGAGUUGCUUUACAAAUAUGCUGUCUAUUUCUUAAAUGAGAUAAAGCCUGUUUGUGCUUCCAAUGCAAAUGAUUUACCCAAGGGCCUAUCCGUUUAUGUUGAUCGUGGGACAUUGGAGACAUAUCUUCAUCUUAUUGUUCUUUCCCUAUGUGUGGUAAUGGCUGGAUCUGGUCAUCUACAAACCUUUAGAUUCUUGAAAUUUCUCCGCAUUCGCAACUCUGCUGAUGGACAUGCUGGUUUCGGUACUCAAAUGGCCGUAAGCUUAGCAAUAGGUUUCUUGUUCAUUGGAGGUGGAAUGUGGACCUUUUCAACAAGCAACUGUUCCAUCGCAGCUUUGCUGAUAACACUUUAUCCACGUUUGCCUACUGGACCAAAUGACAACAGAUGCCAUCUCCAGGCAUUCAGGCAUUUAUAUGUUCUUGCUACUGAAGCACGCUGGAUUCAAACAGUUGAUGUCGAUACUGGUUUACCUGUUUAUGUGCCUCUUGAAAUUACCAAUAAGGAAACUGAACUCUACGCUGAAACAAGUUUUUGUGAGGUCACUCCUUGCAGCCUCCCAGAACGUGCUAUUCUAAAGUCUGUCCGUGUCUGCGGUCCUCGAUACUGGCCUCAACUCAUUGAUCUUUCUCCUAAAGAAAAACCUUGGUGGAAUUCUGGAGAGAACCAUCACCCAUUUAACUCAGGUGUUCUGUACGUGAAGAGAAAGGUUGGAGCAUGUUCUUAUGUGGAUGAUCCCAUAGGAAGUCAAUCUUUGUUGUCACGAGCAAUGCACAAGAUGAGUGCUUUGAAUCAACCAAAAUCCUCUCUUCCAACCACAGAGUGCACUGAUGCAAUCCCAGUCGAUCAGUUGGUUAGCACUUUUUCAUCAGAUCCGAGCUUGAUUGCUUUCGCCCAAUUAUUUUGUGGCUCAUCUUGGAGUAGCAGAUUUGAGCUCGACUUCCAGGAAUUCUGUCAGCAAGUUUUGUUUGAGUGCGUCAGCAAGGACAGACCGGCAUUGUUGCAGGUUUAUCUGUCCUUGUACGCCACAAUGGCAUACAUUGUGGAUUCGGUUGUCGGUGGAACAUGCAUAAUAGGGGACUCGCUCUCUCUUUCAAGUUUGAAGAUUGCUCUAGCCUAUUAUGAAGCUCUCUCGAACGGAAGAUUAACUACUUCGAGAGGAGAAAUUAUGCAAUCAACUUUUCUGGGUUCACUCAAGAAGCGAGUUGAAGAUAUCCUAAAUUGUUCCACAGACCUGAAUGCACAUAUCCGUGACUAUGCUCUCUCUGGUAAAUGGCCAACGGAUCAUUCUCGUGUAAUGAAGUCUAGUAUGGCUCUAUCAUGGUACCUCCAAUGGUACAACGUGCCUUCACCACUAGAUAUUAAAAGAGCUGCGGAGAAGAUUAAAUGCGCUAAGGCAAGCCCAUCUGUCCCCUUGUUGCGGGUGGUGUUCCCUACAACUCAUGUUGCUGCAAUAGAUGCUAUCAAUGAAUUCUUGUCAUCAUCACAAGUUGAAGGUUGAAGCCAACCAUCGUCGUCAUUGUAUCUUGCGAGUAGCAAAACCAGGCUCUACGAUGUUUCACAGGUGAAACUCACUUGGUUGCAGGGAAUGAAUGCUACCGGAGUUUCUCAAAACAUCAUUAUGAUGGAGAAAAUGGUUUAGUUGUGAUAAUAGUUCUGUUAUGUAAACACACCAUAACUUCACUUCAUUCAAAGUGGAAUUUUGCAGCUGAAAGACAAACAUGGAAAUAUGCUUUUUUUUUUUUUUCUUGAGAUUAAUAUAAAUAGGUCCUGUGUGUUCGAGUCCUUUGUCGCGUGGUCUUUAAAGUUCUUUAUUUACUUAUGUAAUUCAUUAAAAAAAAAAAAAACCUUUUAUAGUAGAUUGUAAGUUGUCACUUA